AUGAUUUUGGACUCCAUUUUCUGCUUGAGUUCGCUCAUUUUUCAACGCAUGAACCCAGAGGCUAUUGACCCAUUAUGCCCACUUAAAUACUAUCAGAGGACAGUCAACUCCAUCAGAUAUCAUUUGAGUCUUCCUGAAGUUGAAUAUCAAGAAAGCGGGAUUUUGGCCCGUUGUUUGAUCAGCACAAACCUUCUUUGCAUUUACGAGUUGUUUUUCGUGGCCAUUGAUAGUACCUAUAUCAAGGGCGCAGGUAGUAUACUUCUGUCCAUAUUGUCCAAGUGGAAUAAGUCAGAGAGUCUCCUCAAAGUGUCUCCAUUCUAUAAUACUUGUUUUUGGGCUAUGUUUGUAUGUGACUUAGUGUUGUCGUUAAAAUUGGAAGCGCGGAGCACAUACUCUUUAGAAAAGAUGUGGAGACAAAUGGAACCUCUGUUUUUCCAAACGUUCGACGAGUACCCUGUUGAGUCUGAAGAGGCUUCUGUAUCUGAAGUCACCCAUAGCAAUUUCUUGGUAUCGAGAAAGACAACAACCUGGUGGCAGCAUAAGAUUAUGCUAUUGUUAUGUGAUAUCACAGAGUAUCUAAAUGCAUCGGAAGUAAGCACCAAACAUGACUUUGAGGCGAAUAGAAGAUUUGAUCGGUGGAAGUCGCUCAAUCUUCAGUUGGAAGAGUUUGAGAAAAACAUGCCCGUCUACUUGAAACCACUCAUUUACAAGCCAGCCAGUGGGGAUCGCCUUUUUCCUCUUAUUUACUUCAAAGAUGAACAGACAGCUAUAGUGACACUUAACUACAAACUUGCCAAGUUGACUCUUCAUGUGGCGUUGUGCCGGAACACUGUUGGUCAAAAUAAGGAACUAGUGCAACAGGAGAUCAAAAAAUAUGCCACCAACUACAGAGAGAAAUUAUCCAAAGACGUGGUUGGAAUAAUGCAGACUUAUGACUCUAACCAAAAAAUUUGGCCUGUGAACAUCCAUGCAUUGCGUCAAGCAGCAAAGUACAUUGACAAAAACUCCCCAGAUUUUGCUGAGUUAAAGCAGCUCAUCAUUAAAGUUGCCAACUUCAGCCAUGCCGGUUUACACAUCAAAUCAAUGGUUGACGAACAAGCGGAAGACAAAUAA